AUGAGGCCAAAAGACAGUCAGUAUACCGCGCAAUAUUUUGAUUUGGGCCGCAAAGUGCAAGGAGUGGUGCCUUCAUGGAGGGUCGGCAAAGCAAUUGAUUUAGAAAGAGGGAAAUAUGUGCCAGAUCAAUCCGCAAUAGACAAUAAAAGCGUAGUCGGAACCCAGGACAAGUGUCAAACCCCAAACCAACUUAGCCCAACAUCUCAACUGGGAGAUAUUGGGGAUCCGGAAAAGUUUUGGGGCCUUAUCUUCCCCGAGGCAAUCGCUGCAUUUAUUACCAAGUAUCCAAAAGAACCUGAUGGGCUCGAUAAGCUAGGCUAUAGCAUUCGAAACCAGACGACAUGGAAAAGCAUCAAUGCCCAGCUCCACAGAGCGCGUGAGGUUUACGAUGGCACACAAGUAAAUUUUCAGGGUCGGUGCAAGCGAGCGCUGCGCAAAUUAGGUGAUAGUGCUAUUGAGCCAACAACUAAUGUCGUCAAUCUCGUUCCCAAUAUUGAAUACGUCUCUCCCGUAUUGGGAGCAGUGCAAUUACUUCUUAACGCGUAUAAAGCGGCAUAUGAAGUGCGAGAAAGAGUCACGUCGAGCUUCGAUGAGACAGAGAUCCAAGAACUCUUCAACGAUGCCGAAGUCUAUUUGAUCACAUUUCCGGACAGCAGCAAGGUCAAAGAUGCAACUAUUUCCCUAGUAAUGACAGUGAUGAAGGCAGUCGAGGAUGCCAUUGUAUUCUUCUUGUCUAAACAAAUAAACCGGCUUUUCUCCGCUAUUUCUCGUGGGAGAAAAGGAUACCAGGAGGCUCUUAUAAAGAGCCUUGAGGCCAUUAAGAUAAAUAGCGAAAAGCUCAUUCAACAAGCACAGAAUGCACAUCUCCUGUACACGCAGUUCAACCUUGCAGCCAUUCGGACCGAAGCCAAGCGGUUCCACAAUGAUGCCAAAGAGCAAUCGAAGUAUACUACCCUAGUGCUCAACGACAUAUACCAAGUCUCUACUGAAGCAUGCAACAAUGUACUUGUCAUGCUCAAUGAUGCCGAGGAAAACAAGAAGCGCCAAAUGCAGAUUUUAGCCAAUCAAGAAAGCAUACUCAACAGGCUUGCCGCCAUGGAAGAGAUUUCUAGGGCAUCAACUCCUGUCCCCCUAGAGCCUAUAACAUGGCAAAACCAACAUACUGCCAGCUUCAAUUCUCAAUUCCAAUAUGGUCCGGCGCCACCUAUGUAUUAUCAGCAAUAUUUUCAGCCCGGUCAGCAACCGAUAGCUCUAUACAGCGGGCAAACAGGUUCGUUCGAAAGCCUUUCGAAUGCAACCCAACAGAGGCCUGUAUCACCACAGCCGAGGAUCAUUAGCUCCUCCGGCAUUCUCGGCAUACUGAAUAUCCCACUCGACCCGGACGGCGUAGAUCUACUGGCUGUCAAGGAAUAUAGUUAUAGGCUACCAAGGAAAUAUCACAGCAGAGCUGUGCAGGUGACCCAAACACGAGAAUUCCGCCAGUGGAUAGUCACGCCCACUUCAAGACGGCUACUGAUCCAUGGCCAUUUUUCACCACAUAGUCUUGAUACGCGACAGAUUUCCCCUCUAUCCUUUUUUUGCCUCUUGCUGGUGCGCAUGCUCCGCGAGAGGGAGAGAUACAUCACUCUGGUGUUUUUCUGUGGGUUCCAUGUUGAAGACGAAGAUAGUAAUGUCGGUGGUGCAGCAAUAAUCAGGAGCUUUAUUGCUCAGCUUCUACGGCAAAUACCGUUCGAGUUUAUGCCGUUAGAUAUGACGAUAGACUUGGACAGCAUUUCCAAGGAUGACUGCAAGGUGUCACAUCUGUGCGAGCUUUUUGUCUAUCUUGUUCGACACUUGCUGCGCCGUGAUCGCACUCUUGUUUGCAUCAUUGAUGGGAUCGGGGAUUACGAGACCGAUGAACUCGAAAGCGAUAUGCUGGUCGUUAUACAGAUGCUCCUUCAAUUUUGCAAGACGGUCGAGCAUGGCAAUGGUGCAGGACCGUCACAUGGAGAUGUGAAAGUACUGGCUACGACUCCUUUCUCCACAGAGGCGGUUCAAGAACUAUUUCUUGGUGAAGGAAAUAAGAAUGAAGAUGAUUCGCCAUUUCUAACGAUGGAAAGCUUCCCAGAUGUAAAUGAUACGAGCCAAAUAGUCCAAGACUGA